AUGGCCUUCCAGUUGCGCCGUUUGGGUUGGUCGGUGGUGGUAGUGGUUCAAAUGUCGAGUAUCAUACGAAUCGGUAGGUGGUAUGAGUGGGCAAGGCAUUCGUGGGCUAUCUCCGGUGCGAGGAAGGAGAGCAACAUCAGCAGCAAGCCACCUUACAACAACCAGAAGGAUAUUCUCAAGAUGAACAAAUAG